AUGCUCCCUCCAGCUGUUAGAAAGAAGUUUAAGGCACUAACAACACUUCCUUCAUUUCUCCUGGUGUACAUAGUCUAUUUGGGGCUCAGUCAUAAUAUUCAUGAACCUCACCUGACUUCAGAACACCAUGUUCAGCUCCUUUCCAAAGUUUUUGCCAGUGAAGAGGAUGUUAAACGGUCAAUGCUUUAUAGCUACAAGCAUAGUUUCUCAGGGUUUUCGGCAAAGCUCAAUUCAUCACAAGCAAGCGCCUUGGCCAGGAUGGAAGAAGUGAUAUCGGUUUUCAGAAGUAAGACACUGCAGUUGCACACAACAAGGAGUUGGGACUUCUUGGGCCUUCCCUUGAUCAGCAGCAGUACUAGUACUGCAAGUGCAGCGGCCUCUCCAUUGCAACUAGCAUAUGGCCAAGAUGUCAUUGUUGGGGUUUUUGAUACAGGUAUAUGGCCUGAAUCAGAAAGUUUCCGAGAAGAGCCACAUAUGAGGCCUAUCCCCUCAACUUGGAAGGGAAAGUGUGUGAAAGGUGAGAAGUUUGAGCCAGCAAAAGCAUGCAACCGGAAGCUAAUUGGUGCUCGCUACUACCUGGAAGGCUUUGAAGAAGACUAUGGGCCACUAAACAAGAGUGGCAAUCCAGAAUUUCGAUCAGCUAGAGACUUUCUUGGUCACGGGACACACACAGCCUCAACAGCAGUGGGUUCAGUAGUGAAAAAUAAUGCAAGUUUCUAUGGUUUUGCAGAGGGCACUGCCCGGGGUGGAGCACCUAAGGCUCGUCUAGCAGUGUACAAAGUUUGUUGGGGACAGAAUUAUAGUAGCAGGUGUACUGGAGCAGACAUACUUGCAGCUUUUGAUGAUGCUUUGCAUGAUGGAGUUCAUGUUAUUUCAGCGUCUAUUGGAUCGAGACCACCACUGAUACCAUUGUUUGAAUCAGAAGGUGCUAUCGGUUCGUUUCAUGCAAUGCAGUUAGGUGUUAGUGUGGUGUUCUCAGCAGGUAACGAAGGGCCAGAUCCAUCACAGGUCACAAAUGUUGCUCCUUGGGGCCUCUGUGUUGCUGCUUCAUCAAUUGAUAGAAUGUUCCCAACCAGGAUUCUCCUAGAUAAUAAGCUCUCUAUCAUGGGAGAGAGCUUAAUUACUAGACCUAUUAAAGCAAAAUUGGCAGAUGCGAGCGUAUUCUUUAAUAAUGGGGUUUGCACGUCCAGCAAUUGGAAAGAACCAAAAUCUGCUGAAGGUAGAGUAAUCCUAUGCUUCUCAGCCAUAGGACCGUAUGAUAUUGGUGACGCUGAAGUGGCUGCCAAGCUAGCCAAUGCAUCAGCUUUGAUAUUUGUAGAACCAAUGUCCAGGGAGAUUGGUGCUGACAUCAUCCCCUCAGUCCAUGUCAACCUUGAGCAAGGGACUCGGAUCUUGAACUAUCUUACUGACUCUCCCACGAAGCCUGUUGUGCAGAUAGAAGCAAGUAAAACUAUUAUCGGGAAGUCACUGGCCCCUAGAGUCGCAUACUUCUCUUCAAGAGGCCCAAGCUCACUUACACCUGAUAUUCUCAAGCCAGAUAUAAGUGCUCCAGGGAUGAACAUAUUAGCAGCAUGGCCUAAUCAAACUUCUCCAACUUUGAGACGUGAUGAUAACCGUUCAGUUAACUGGAAUUUUCAGUCAGGAACAUCAAUGUCCUGUCCUCAUGUCUCCGGAGUUGUUGCUCUCAUCAAAUCUGCACACCCAAAUUGGUCUCCUGCAGCCAUUAAAUCUGCUAUCAUGACCACAGCAUACACAAAGGACACGUCAUUUGACACCAUUCUAGCCGAUGGACCCAUGAAAGCCUCCGACCCUUUUGACUUAGGUGCCGGUCACAUAGACCCCAUCAAGGCAAUGGAUCCGGGGCUUGUCUACGACAUGAAAACAAGGGACUAUGUUCAAUUCCUAUGCAACAUUGGCUAUACUGAAGAACAGAUAAACAUGAUUGUUCUUUGCCCUUCAGGAACUGACACAAGCUGUCCACGAGUGCCCAAAUCAAAUGCCAAUGUAAACUACCCAUCAAUCACAGUUUCAAAUCUCCAGUUCGCUGUGACAAUCAAAAGAACCAUGCGUAAUGUGGGCGAGAACAAGAACGCCAUUUAUUUUGGGACCAUUUCUGAGCCUGAUGGAGUGGAGGUAGUGAUAUGGCCUAGAGUUUUGGUAUUCUCCUGGUUCAAGGCGGAAAACACAUAUUAUGUGACGCUCAAACCACAAAAGAAGUCACAAGGAAGAUAUGAUUUUGGAGAGAUCGUUUGGUCUGAUGGCUUCCACAGGGUCAGGAGUCCUUUGGUUGUUUGUGUCAACACUACUCAGGAUUCCAAUGCUUCCAUGAACUUAAGCUACAUGUGAUCAUUGAAGAAGCUGAAACUUCCCAAAUUUCAUGGCUGCUAUGUAAGCCAAGUUUAAUGUUUGAAACAAGUUAUAUAUUUUUGCAUUUGAUUUCUCCUCCAGAAUCAAAGUAAUGCUGGAUAAGACUAUUUUAUUCGGUACAAA